UUAAUGGAAGAGCUUGUAGUUUAUAUACGCGAAGCAGUCGACAGAAAACAGGAGAAUAUGCGACGUCGGCGUCGGCGUGAUGCCUUGCGCUUGCAGCUAGUACGUGUGCUGGAAAAAAUUGCAGAAAAUGGCACAUUUGGCGUAAGUACCUGUGUGUUAGAACGUGACACGAUGUCAUUACAUCCUACAUUUGUGGAAUACAUAGAAGGCGCUAUUCAAUAUCUAUUAGCUGAAACUGAUAAGGACAAUACCAGUAUUCGGGAAGUUAAAGCACAUUUUUGUAAUUUCAUUCGCAAAAUGAUAAAGAAUUUCUCGCUAGAGUCAUGUGGCACACUUCUAACACGCGAGCUUAAGCGGAGUCUUUUCAAUUUAUUUGCAACAUGGUGUGGAUCUUUUUCAAAACCGCUGGGCUUCACUUCACAGAUUGGUCAAUCACAAGAUGAAGAGAAAUUGCAGUUUAGUGCUUUACAGCCGGUUCUACGUAACGUAAUGACUCUGGUUUUACUCUAUCAACGGCUGCUGUUUCGCGGUCUAACCGUUUUUUGU